UGUUUUAUUUCAGAAAAUUUAGCGGGUUAUGGUUCUAUUGACUGGAUGGAAAUACGCUGCUUUUGUCGGUGGAAUUGUGACAUUCAUCGGUGUUACGAUUUAUCCGAUCAUUAUUGAUCCGUGGAUGGACGCCUCCAAGUAUAAGAAAAGAGCUUCGGAGAUCAGAGAAAAAGCUGGCAUAGUGCAAUCAGAAGUCCAACCUGGUAACAUGAAAGUGUGGAGUGAUCCUUUUGAUCGGAAGUAGAGAAGUGGUAUGCUUUAAGAAGCAUAGACUAGUAUAUUGUUAUGAAAAUUACGGACUCCGACGGUUUUACGGUCGUUGUACGCAAAAAAUCGUCUGCAUUGAAGCCCAGGAAAUAUCCCUGUUCAGCGUAUCGUCGUGUGGGCCCAUUCGAUUCUGAGCAAGCAAUCGUCGUUGAUCAGGAUUCCGUUGAGCAUUUAUUGAGGAAGAUCGAACUGCACAAGCAGGAUUUGGGUGAACUAGAAAAGACGGAUUCCGUUUUGGCCCGUGCUAUCAAGUGCAUUUCGUUGGCUCUCACGUCCGUUGGCGUCAAAGCCAGCGUCACAGCAUCCGACUUAUUAGAAAUUGAGGGCCGUUUUUCAGUGAAGAUAAUAGUGUACGGUAUUGGGAACUUCUCUUCGUCUCUCUCGUCAUUGAAACAAUUGGCGCUUGUGUGCCUACUGAAAGACUGUUUCAAGGAGUACUUUGUCGGGAUUGACUUCUUUGAGCCAGUUCUAUCACCUCUCGAGAGAGCUGUUCUGCGAGCUCUUGGUUCUGAAAGGAUUGAAACGAGAGAUUCACGUCUAGAGAUCGGAUUCAAGGAACCUGGAAACGAAACGUUGUUGUUUUUUAUGCCACAUUGCCCUCACGAACUGUAUGAGGAAGUCAUCCUAACUUGCCUUGAAAAAUCGCCUCGUAGGAUCGUCAUUUUCGGAAACGAUUUAGAAGGCUUGAAGUGCUCAUCGCCGUCCUCAUCGCGUCUUGUUGAAGACAUUUCUUCUUACCCGUUAUCCGUUCAUCCAAAGUCCAAGCAUUUUCUAUCAUUCAACAAUACCAGUGCGUACGGAUUAUCCCCAUGAUGUCUUCGAAUCUUAAACUUUUGCGAGGUCUCGUGAAGGAGCUGCGACAUCGAACGAGAACUGGAACCGCGAUUGAUUCACCGCUAAUACAUUUCGUCUUCAACCAAUUUCGAAAGUUCCAGGUGACCAGUGAGUUGGUGUGCCGACAAGCAAAGGAAGCGCAGUCGACUGGCGAAGCGUACUUCGUCUAUCUGGAGUCGUCUAGAAAACACGCCGAAUUGUUGAAGCACUACCAUGGUAGAGGAGAACGUUCGGUGGAAGAUACAGCAAAACUGGUUGGCUUUAAAUUGCCACAUGACUCCGAUUAGGCAAAUUGAAGUGUUCUCCGAUGCCGUUGGUACUCGGAAUUCAGCUUUCAUUUCCGGGGAAAAUGAGUCAGGAAUCAACACUUUGUCGCGAGUAGUAAUCUGUUCAUUCGAAGUUGGAAAUGAUAGUCUCGCCGUAUGAGGAUGACGGUGGAAGAGUGUGUGAUGUCAAAUUUCUCUGAAGAUUUUCAGAAGUGUUUCCGCGAUUUCAUGUCUGCGUGUUCCUUGCGCUGGGGAAAACUCUUGUUGAAAGCAGUCA